CUUGCGGCAUGACCUAGAUAUAUUCUUGUGUCACCAGAUCAGAUAUCUGAUAUCUCUUGCUGAGAGCCUUCAAGCAUUUCCAUAGAUUGUGUCAAACGAUGUGUUACACUUUUGCUGUGACAGAUCUCUAUCUUUAGCUUCAUUUGAAUACCGUUCUAGUUAUUGAUUUGCAAGCCUUUCUGUUGCCAAUGUUGGCUUCCGGCUCCCCCUCUACUGUUUCUGCUAUUGAAUCUGGCCCUCCUAAUGACCCUGUAAAUGAUGUUCAACUUGAACCUCCCAAUGAUCCCAAAGCCACUUGCUGGGUUGACCCUGAUAAUCUUGGUGAGAAUCGAGGAUCUGACCAUCCUGAUAGCCAAUCACUUUUCACUCUCAGAUCUCCCAGAUCUAACGGUCCUCCCAAUGAUUUUCAACAGUUUCCACCCAAUGCUACUCGCUGGAUUGACUCAGAUAACCUUAAUGAGUCCCUAAGAUCUGACAUCUCAAUCAUCACAUACCGAUCUAACCAUCCUGACGGCCUUUCAUACGCGACUGUCCAAUCUGAUCCUCCUGAUGACCUUUCAUAUGCCACCAUCCAAUCUGAUCCUCCUGAUGAUUCUCUAAAUGGCGUUGACCCUGUCUUACCUAACGACACUCAGAAUGACUCGCCGACUGUGCCAUUGGAAGUAAAGAGUCUGACUGCUGAUGAGAAUGAGAUACAGGCAACAAUUGACAUUUUGAAAAAACAAGUUGCUGCCGAGCGCUCUCUUUAUGUAAAGAAGCGGAUGCAUGAAAACACGAGGAAAAUGGUUGAUGUUGUUAAAGAUCUUGCAAAAUUGUCGAAGGAGAGAAAAAGCAAGACCAUUGAACCAGAAGCAAGGAUAGAUUGGUUGGCAAAGAGGCAGAAAGAUGCCAUUGAUAUGCAUAAUGGAAUUAACACCAGCAAUGGAGAUGAUGGUGGGGAUAGUUCUCAAGAAGAUGGUUAUGCAUCUUCAGCUAUUCUUCUAGGAUCAAGUAUUGCAGUCAAGAACGCUGUCCGUCCGAUUAAACUUCCUGAAGUUAAAAAAAUACCUCCCUAUACUACAUGGAUUUUCUUGGACAGAAAUCAGAGAAUGACAGAGGAUCAGUCAGUAGUUGGUCGAAGGCGAAUUUACUAUGAUCAGAAUGGUGGUGAAGCUCUGAUUUGCAGUGACAGUGAGGAAGAUAAUAAUGAGGAAGAGGAUGAGAAGAAAGAGUUCACGGAGUCUGAAGAUUACAUAUUACGAAUGACUGUCAAAGCAUUAGGAAUGUCAGAUCCUAUUCUGGAUCUGUUGGCUCAGUGUUUCGCUAAAAAGCCUGAUGACGUUAAGGCAAGACAUGAAGAUCUUAUUAAGGAAGAAAGUCGUCUGAGCUCGGCUAACAACACUAAUGUUGAUGGUUUCAUAAGUGCAUAUUUCGACAAGAAUCUUGAGGGAGCACUAGACUCAUUUGACAAUUUAUUUUGUCGCCGAUGUCUUGUCUUUGACUGUAGAUUACAUGGAUGUUCACAAGAACUGAUAUUUCCUGCUGAGAAACAACCUCCAUUGAACUUGCCGGAUCCAGAAAAUGAACCCUGUGGCACAAAUUGCUACCGGCUGGUCUUAAAAUUAGAAGGUGAUCCACUUAAGAAAUCAUCUGGAUCUGCAACUUUCGAAGAAAAUGUUUCACUGCCAUCUGAAGCUGGUGCUUUGAUGUCAAGAAAGAAGCACCUGGGGCCAUCUGUAAAAGGGAGAUCAAAAUCUUCGCAAAGCGACUCUGGGGCUUCAUCAAGUGCCAAAAAUAUAUCAGAAAGCAGUGACUCUGAGAUCAGACCCCCAACUGAUGCAGCAAGCGCUCUGCCACCUAAGAGCAGCGCUGCAAAAGGGGGUACACAGAAGCGAAACAGCAAGAGGAUAGCUGAGCAUAAGCUAGUUGCAACAAGAAAGAGGCAGAAGAAAAUGUUAGCAUCUGAUGGUGAUCCUCCUUUGGAUAAUGGCAAACCUCAGCAGACUGAACCUUCUGAUUUCCAACCAAAUCAUGUUAUUGAUGAACAAGUAAUGCCUUCAAACAGUGAAUCAUUAAGGAAAGAGGACUUGGGGGAUGAAAAUCUGCAGAAGCAAGAAGUUAAUGAUGAUAAGUCUUGGAAACCAAUUGAAAAGGCCCUCUAUGAGAAAGGUCUCGAGAUUUUUGGCAGGAACAGUUGUUUGAUUGCGAGGAAUCUGAUGACCGGCUUGAAAACUUGUUCCGAGGUCUUUUUAUACAUGAAUAGCUAUGAGAAUAAACUCCUAUCUCAAGAUGAAGAUGGAGCAAAUGCUCUAAUGGAGGGCUAUUACAAGGGUAAUGGAGUCCGAAGAAGGUCAAGAUUCUUACGCAGAAGAGGUAAAGUUCGCCGUUUAAAGUAUACAUGGAAGUCUGCUGGAUACCAUUCAAUCAGGAAGCGGAUCUCUGAGAGGAAGGAUGCACCUUGUCGACAGUAUAAUCCGUGUGGAUGUCAAGGCCCAUGCGGAAAGGAGUGUCCAUGCCUUGUAAAUGGAACCUGUUGCGAGAAAUACUGUGGAUGCCCAAAGAGUUGCAAGAACCGAUUCAGGGGUUGUCAUUGUGCCAAAAGCCAGUGUCGAAGUCGUCAAUGCCCCUGUUUUGCUGCUGACAGGGAAUGUGACCCUGAUGUGUGCCGGAAUUGCUGGAUCGGUUGUGGUGAUGGCACACUUGGGAUUCCUUCUCAAAGAGGUGAUAAUUACGAAUGCAGGAAUAUGAAGCUGCUUCUUAAACAACAACAAAGGGUUCUACUUGGCCCAUCUGACGUUUCUGGUUGGGGAGCCUUUUUAAAGAACACUGUCAGCAAACAUGAGUACUUAGGGGAGUAUACUGGUGAACUGAUUUCUCAUCGUGAAGCUGAUAAGCGUGGCAAGAUAUAUGAUCGUGAAAAUUCUUCAUUUCUGUUCAAUCUCAACGAUCAGUUUGUCCUUGAUGCUUUUAGGAAGGGUGACAAGUUGAAGUUUGCAAAUCAUUCCCCUGAUCCAAAUUGUUAUGCAAAAGUCAUUAUGGUGGCUGGAGAUCAUAGAGUCGGCAUAUUUGCCAAAGAACGUAUUACAGCUGGCGAGGAACUCUUCUAUGAUUACCGCUAUGAGGCAGACAGAGCUCCUCCUUGGGCUAAGAAGCCUGAGGCAUCUGGAAGUAAGAAAGAUGAUGCUGGUCCUUCAAGUGGUCGUGCUAAGAAGCACACAUGAUUUAGCAUUUAAUAUCUGUGAUUCUUUUUCUGAUAGAACCAUCAUUUCUUGAGUACCCGUAAACGCAACUUUCUAUUUAUUCCUUGGUGCAAGAUUUUAGCUUAACAAAUGAUUUUUUGGCCCAUUCUGAUGCUGAGUUUGUUUGCCAAAGCGGGAAGCAAGUAUAGGCUUACUGAAUCAGUCAAGUCUUCUUGUUAGGUUAGAUUUUGGUACAAAGGCAACUCAUUCAAUGUAUUCUUUUGAUAUCUGAGAAUGUUUAUGGCCAAAAGCUUAGGAAACUUCAGACAAGAAUAUUUCUGCUUUGUUUUUCUGGAUGAUUUUGAAAUUCGACAUUAAAUUAUCUGAAACUUUUUAUAUUUCAUGGUGUGGUAUCUCGACCUGUGUUUUUGGAUGCGUUGAGUUCUGAAUGUUCUAGAAUUUUUUUUAUUGUCUCUGGUUUCAUGGAUUGUCUAGUUCAAGUAAUAGAAUGGUAUCAAAGUCGGG